UAAAAAUUAAAAGAUCUAUAGGUACAACUGUAUAAAAAUAACUAGAAUAACCUAUAUUUAAGUUUUACACAACAAUCUCAAAACGUGUAUGAUUAUCAUUAACAGCAACCAAUUAAGUUAUCGGUAUCUUAUGGGGUCUGAUUCUAACCUAGAAUUAAGGGUAAGAUCAUUUCUUACCGGGCUUUCUGCAUAUGCAAUUGUUCUUUCAGGAACAUAUUUUGCUCAAAAACCAUAUCUCAAACGUCUGCCAUAUAAAUUAAGAGGAAGUGUAGUUGUAGCAUGCUUGGUAGCUUCUGUAGCAACUUACGGGGUUCAGUCGUUCAAUAAAUACAGACUAGGACAGAAAUUGAAAAAUGAUAUAAGUUGCAAAGUGGAAUCUAAAGAACAUAAUGUUUAAAAGAGCAUUUGUUUUGCUAAAUUGGUCUCAGUUUUGGGCUCCAAAACCUGUGCUUUGCGUACCGCCAUUACAUAUAAGAAAGUUUAGUG